AGGUCAGGGUGGUUUGGGAGUGAGAUCACACAGAGGUCAUUCGAGUGUUUGUUGCGUCCAUGUUCUAUACCGCGAAUCUCUGAUUCAUUCUACGCGUGACUCCUUGUUUUCAAAUACGCAACUACUUACUUGCAAUCAACUAGUUUCGAAUCCAGUUCUCAGUCAGUGACAACACAAGUGAAAAUGGAACUGAUCGGUCACGUUAUGCACUACGAAUGGGGCAAACUCGGCGAAGAUUCAUACGUGGCUAAGCUGGCUGCCGCCAACCGGAGUGAUGACGAUACGCCGUUCGUGGUGGAUGCCAGCAAACCGUACGCCGAACUGUGGAUGGGAGAUCACUGCAGCGGACCGUCGCUGGUUAAAAAAUCCGGCAAGGAACUGGGCUCGGUCCUGCGCCCCCACGAGAAACCCACUUUUCUGUUCAAAGUGCUCAGUGUGCGCAAAGCGUUAAGUAUUCAAGUGCAUCCGAAUAAGAGGCAAGCUGCAAAGUUACACGCCCAGUUUCCAGACAUUUAUAAGGAUCCAAACCACAAACCGGAACUGGCAAUCGCACUGACGGAUUUUCAAGCGAUGUGCGGAUUCCGUCCCUACGACGAGAUCUAUUCCAAUUUAAAAGCCUGGCCAGAGUUGCAGGAUCUGCUCGGUGCAGACCAAAUUGAGAAACUGACUCUAAAUGCAGAUGAUGACGAAGUGCUGCGUAAUCUGUACGCUUCACUUAUGCACAGUGAGCCAGAGCAACUGGAAAAAUGCAUUUCGAAAAUGCAUUCCAAAAUACGAACAAAACCUGACAAAUGCUCGUUGGAUCAGCUAUUCCUCCAGCUGCACCAGGAUUUCGGCAACGACGUUGGAUUGCUUUCGAUCUACUUUUUGAAUGUGCUUGAUCUGCAACCGGGCCAAGCAAUUUACCUAUCAGCUAACGUACCGCAUGCCUAUCUGCGAGGCGACUGCGUCGAAUGCAUGGCCUGCUCCGACAAUGUGGUUCGCGCCGGUUUGACACCAAAGUUCAAAGACGUUGACACGCUGCUGGAGCUGCUCGUGUGCCAAGGCGCGCCAGCGCAGUCGAUGCUCUGCCGGUCGGUUGUAAAGGAUCCCGAACGACAGCCGUACACGCGAACAUUCCUCCCGAAUGAUCUGUGGCUUACGGAUUUUGUCGUAUCUAUGCUGAAAAUACCGACCGGUGUAAAAACGUACCCGGUGAGUAAUGCACUUAACGGGUGCAUACUGCUGAUCUGUUCCGGUAAGGGUUUACUGCGUGGAGGGAAAAACAUUGCGCUUAACGUACAGUUUGGCAGUAUAAUCUUUGUGCCGUCUGACGCCAGUGCUGAGCUGGAACUGUGCAUCGAAAAUACCGGGGAAGAAUUUGUUGCUUAUCAGGCAAUGCAAAAAGAUUUUAUUUAAGUGACUGGAAAUUUUAACCAAAUUGAUCUAAAUGUGCAUGUUUUGUUGUAAUACCGUUAAAAAAAUAUUUACAAAUAUAGACCCAUUCU